AUGUCUUAUUCCAAAGUUACAGUUGAAUCAUCUUCGAAAAGUGGUAAAAGUGCAAUUAGUCAUAAAUCGGGCGUCAGUUUCGGUGAUGCUCUUACGAUGUAUGAUAUAUGCUAUGAUGGUAAAACAUCACAAUCUACUGAGGUGAAGUCUUUACUGAAGAAAAAAGUACCGACUAAACCGAAAAGUGCAAGUUCUAGUGCCAAGGAAAAUAAAUAUCCAACGGAUCCUAAAAGUAAUAAGGAUAAGGAAAACGAAGACAAGUCGAGGAAAAGUAGAAUUUCAAAACGAUUUGUAGAAUUAUUUGGCGAUGAUCUGUCCGAUGUUGAAAAGCCCGAGAAGAAGGACAACAGAAGUGAUAAGGACAAUAUUAGUAAGUUGGGAUCAAAGCAGUCAAGAAAUUCGAACAAGGAAAAUGAAGUGAAGUCGAGGAAAAAUAGAAUUUCAAAACGAUUUGUAGAUCUAUUUGGCGAUGAUCUGUCCGAUAUUGCCAAGCCUGAGAAGAAAAACAACAGAAGUGAUAGGGACAGUACAGUAAAUCUAAGCAAGGAAAGCGAAGACAAGUCGAAGGAAAGUAUAAUUUCAAAACGAUUUGUAGAAUUAUUUGGGGAUGAUCUGUCCCAUGUUGAUAAGCCUGAGGAGAAUGAAAACAGAAGUGAUAAGGACAGUAUAAGCAAAUUGGAAUCGAAGCAGUCAAGAAAUCCGAGCAAGGAAAAUGAAGUGAAGUCGAAGAAAAGGACUCACGAAUCAGAGACUUCGCCGUUGGAACCGUCUUGCAAAAAACGGAUUGGUCAAGGGCUGAUAGAUAUCGACAUAAAUGUAAUGUAUGCCCAGACUGCAGUGAAGAUAUCGUCUAAAGUCGAUAAGAAAAUUGACACGAGAAGAUCCAAGGAGAAGUCGUCCAGGUCAGGACGCGAUAGGCACGAGAAGCACCGUAGUAAAGGUGUCAUAUAUUAA